AUGCCACCACCUCCGGAGAACGAACCCCACAAGCGGAAGCGCAAUCUUGAGGAUGACGGCGGCCAGCCCACCCACCUCCAUCAGGCUACCAUCAACCACCAACCUGAACCUUCCGACCGUUGCCUAUCAGUGCCUGUCAUGGCUCCAGGCUCCCAGCCAUACAUCAACUUCUUGCCGAGACACCAUUAUGCUCAACUGCUAGGUCUCUUGCCAGGCGAGUUAGAUACCUUCAACAACAUCAUCCAUCUCAUCAAUGAAUACGAAGGCGUACUGGACCGGAGCGAGAGUCUAGCAGCGAGUCUCGGGGCUAGAUUGACAGGACCCCGUUUCCUCAGAGGCAUUGAGAGAUUCUUUGAUGGCCCCAUCAAAGUCAACUCGCCACAUCCCUUGGUGCACUCCAUUACCUGGCUGGACGUGGUCACUUUUGCCAAGGCCAAUCCAGAUGCCUUCUCCCCCGUCAUCCUGCCCGACGGCGCACGAUGCCGCCAGUUCAUGUACAAUGGCCUUCAGGUCGAGAUUGCAGAAGAUGACUGGCGCUUGAUAUACUCUGGAGCGCUGGACAAGUUCCCCCUGGAGCACAUUUUUCAAGAGGAUGAGGCGGCCGAGCUAGCCACGCUCGAGAUCAUGCUGCAGAGGUCCUCCUUCUUGUAUAAAAAGGCAGACGAGGUUGCGGCAAGGACCCGCUUUCUCAGUCGCAGGCUCGAAACGCGCAGAAAAGACGUGGCCCACCAGCUUCUGCGCCAUGCUGAUGCCUCUGUGGCUAAUGCCGUUACCGUCAGCUCUGGCUUCUGUGCCAUCAACCAUCCACCACGUUCGGGACCCGGCGGCUGCGGCUCGCCGCCCCACGAUCUCCACGCGGAUCUUCUCCACCAGUUCAUGGUGGCUUCGACGCAGCAUCAGCCGCCACAAGGUCCACCUCCGGGAUACUACCAUUACCAGCAGCACCCUGCUUUUGACUCCGCCAUGCCUGCUAUUGCUACCGGUCUUAGCCCCCUGGCGGCGCCGAUUCUUGAGGCGCCACCGUAUCAACCGCUGCCGGUCCUUACCUACCCCAAUGUAGCCGAGCCAGCAGGAACAACAUCCUCUCCCUCCCCCUCCCCCUCGUCCUUGGCUUCGAUUCUGGCGCCGGUACCUGUCCUGGUCCCAUCGCCAACAACAUCGGUCCCAGCAUCGUCAACUCCGGCGCCAGUUUCAGUGGUCUCAUUCUCAACAUCGAGCUCGCUCCCAGCAGCUCCAGCUCCGACCCCAGUCCCGAUUCCAGCUCUACCUUUGACAAGAGCGAGAGGAAGAGCAGGAAGGGGACGAGGAGGUAGACGUGGAGCAGCAGGAAAGGAUCUCGCUCCAGAAAAAUACCGAGCUCUCGUGUUGAAGAAAACAGACACGAUCAACAAGGGAGAUGUCAUCUUCCCCACUUGUGAUCGAUGCCGACGUCUUCGUCUCCAGUGCGUCAAGCACCUGUCGGCUUGUCGAGGCUGCACCAAGAAACAUGCGAGAUGCAGCUGGAGAAACGUCACGGACGAGGAAGCCGAGAUUGUGAGGCAUCAGCUGGAGAUAAUCGAGCGCGAGGCACAGAAGCUGCGAGAAGAAGCUGCUGCUGCUGCUGCCGCCGCCGACAAGAUCGCCGCACAGGCUGAGGCCAGCAACAACCAUGGCUCUGGUUCAGGAUCUGCCAGUAGUAGCAACCCUGGUGAGAGCUCCGGCGCUGCGGCAGAGUCAACGAGCCAGGUGGAGCUGGCAUCCAGGCCAGCAUCGGCAUCGGCAUCGGCAUCGGCAUCGGCAUUGGCAUUGGCAGCAGUAGCAGCAGCAGCGUCAUCAGCGCUGGCUUCCGCUUCCGCUUCGGCCUCCUCUUCCUCUUCUCCUGGAGCCCCAGCCACUAUCGAGCCUCCACUGAGGCUGGUGCCCACGUCGCGGCUGACCAGAAUUGACUCUGCUCCUCCUUCUGUGCAGAGGAACCCUCCUCGAACGGGGCAUCUUUCGGCGAUCCUGUCGCCUCCAGACUAUGACGACUACGAGCCUCGCGCAUACCACUCCCACUAA